AUGUCGUCUCAACAAUCUCCUCUACAAGAAACUUCAGACGUAGUUAGGGCAUCUCGUACUCUAGAACGUGCUUUUGCCCCAUCAAAAUCAUCGGAUUACCUUUUUAAGAAGUUUUUCAAUGUUCCCAUCACAGAAAAAUGUUCGAGGGAAAGAAUUGAUGCCAUGAUCCAUUAUUAUACUGCCAUGAACCAUGACCUAGGAGCUCAUAUUACUGAAGUUAACAAUUUCGAUGGUGCUGCUAUUUGGACUGCUCCAGGCCAACAUUUACCUGCCAAGCCAACCAAUGAUCCACAAUUUAACGAUCAAUUCUUCACUCAGACUGCUAUAUGUAAGAAAAAUGUUCUACCAGAAGGUAUGGACUAUUAUUACUUAUUCAUGAUCGGAAAGGAUCUAAGUCAUCCAGAGAUUAGAGGCUCUGCAAGAGCUAUCUUAACCGAUCUAACAAGACGUGCUGAUGAAGACAAUUGUGCUGUUAUCUUGGAAUGUAUCUCUGAUCAUGCCAAAGGUGUGUAUGAACAUUUCGGAUUCAAGAGUUAUUUGACAUAUUAUUUCGGCGUCAACGAAGUAAACCAAGAUGGGUUACCAGAUCCUAAAGGUACUGGUUUCAAAGCAGACUUGAUGUUCUACCAUAAGGAUGGUAGUAAAGUCUUGAAAGGUGAAACUUUUUAA